AUGAUGGAACGACUACAAGUAACGGAUGAUCCCGCAGACAUUGGAUAUUAUAGCGGUCUUGUUGAUUCUUGUUUCGCCAUCGCUCAACUCUUGACGGUCAUCUAUCAAUGGGGCAAAUGGUCGGACCGUCUUGGGCGAAAACCAAUCAUAGCUGUGGGUCUGAUAGGUGUGGCCAUUAGCUCAUACUUUUUCGGGUUGAGCACAUCUCUCACUACUGCACUUAUCUCGAGAUCCAUUGGUGGCGUGCUCUCUGGCAAUGCGGUCGUUGUUUCCUCCAUGAUUUCCGAAAUGACGGACAGCACCAAUCAAGGGAAAGCCUUCCCUCUAUUCGGUGCGACCUGGGCUCUCGGAUGCGUCAUCGGACCCAUAAUAGGCGGUAACUUGAGCAAUCCCGCCGAGCGUUAUCCUGAACUUUUUGGACGAUUUCAGCUCUUGAAAGAUUACCCUUAUUUUCUUCCAUGUAUCAUUUCUUCUGGCAUCACGGUCCUUUCGCUACUUCUUUGUCUAUUCUUCGUCGAUGAGACACUUCCUAGGAUCCUCGAAGCGCGUAAAGCGAAGAAAGAUAGCCUGCUUUCACCUUCCCCAUCUAUGUCCACUUACGGGUCCACAUCUAACACACCCACUUUUGGUUCUCGCUCUCAUUCGCCCACGCCGUCCAACUCCGAGACUCUCGUCGAGGAUAUCUCCGAACCCCCCACUCCCGUCUCGGAAUCUUUUCCGAGUCAGAUCGGUGACAACAAAAAGGAAACGAUGUCGUUGAGCGAAAUUCUCAGUUACCCAACUGUACGCUCGAUCAUGGUUUCGAGUUUUAUGCUUUCUUUCGUGAGCAUGGCGUUUGAUGUUGUCUUUGUGCUAUUCUCGUACACCAGCAUUGACCUAGGGGGAUUGGGUAGAACGCCUCAGCAAAUUGGAUUUGCGAUGUCGGCGAGUGGAGUUGCAGGCGCGAUUGGUUCGCUGUUUGUUUUCCCUUUCUUCCAGCGGACCUUUAACAACCGCAAGCUAUAUACUUUCUUGAUGUCGAUGUGGAUUGUAGCCUUCCUGUUCGCGCCGAUAGGAAGUAUGUUCAUUCGUCUUUCUCAUGAUGAUCCUACGGUUGCCUGGCUUGGAAUUGCAUUCAUUCUUGCCCCUGUCAGAAUAGCGGUGCUCAACUUUCCGCUUAACAUGAUCCUCGUGAGGAGUUCGGCGCCCUCGAUAGGGGUGCUCGGGACUAUAUUUGGAUUGCAACAGACACUGGGGGCGUUCGCGCGAGCCAUUGGUCCUGCAUUCAUCAGCUCUUUGUAUGCCUUCUCCACGGAUCAUAUGGAGAUCUUACACGGUCAUCUCGUCUGGUUCGUCAUGGUUUCACUUACGAUUUAUGGGGCUUACGUUUCGAGCCGUGUGAGGGAUAUCGACACUGAUCGAGAGACGCUCGACGGCGUUGAAGCCUGA